UAUUUGCAAUGUUUCUAAGUAUUGCUGAUAGUAUAAUAAUAUUAAUAUAUAACGUAAAGAAUAAUUAUUUUAAUAAUAUAUUUCUUCGUUGAAAAUGAAUGAUUUCAAUUAUUAGUAAAGUAACAACAAUUAAAAAAAUUACUUCACUGUUUUGAAAGACGAACGCUUUUUCACUCAAACGGUCGCUUAAAUAAAUUGAAAAGUUGACCAGGACAGCUAAAAUAAAAAAAAAAUGAGUCACGACGUUUUAAAAACCAUUUCCAUUAAAAACGAAGUAGGCCCAAACAUUGAUUUUUUAUUAACGGAUAAAGAUAUAGUGAAAUCGGAGGACAAAAUUUCUAAUAUAAAUGAUAGGGUCCAUUUGAAUGCUGACGGUACAAAAGAAGCAGUUAAGGAUCGUAUUCCAAAAUACAAAUGCGGUAGCUGCUUGAAGUCAUAUAAAGUAUUUGGUAUGCUUAAAAAACAUUUAGCUGUGUGCUAUUUGAAUAGUAGUUAUCACUCUCGAAAAGCAGAAAUGAUAAAAAAUAUACAGAAAAUCGAAGAGGAUGCGGUUAAACUAGAGAAGGAGAAUAUAUGCUUUUGCUGCGGUGAAAGUUAUGAUACAUUUCAUAGAGGUCAUAUAUAUUGCUCUGAUUGCCCAAAUUCAUUUAAAACUCAAAUAAGUUACGAACGACAUGUUUUUAUAACGCAUUCGGAAGUUGAUAAAUUUCCUUGUUCCAAAUGUGAAGCAAAAUUGCGUACAGCUACGCUACUGAAGUUACACAAAAAGCAACACACAACUUCUGAAAGAUUGCAUAAACGUGCACAUACAAGAAAGGAACCUUUUAUUUGCGACUUUUGUGAGAAGAAAUGUUUUUCACCGGGUGAAUUGAAAAUACAUCGUCGUUGUCACACCGGUGAAAAACCCUACGCAUGCACUGAAUGCAACCAAACAUUUUCUACUAAGAGCUCACUUAAUCGACAUUUGAGACGGCAUACAGGUGAAAAGCCCUACACUUGUACUGAAUGUGAAAAAAGUUUUGCUAUUAAGCACGCACUCAAUCGUCAUAUGGAGCGUCAUAUUGGUGAUAAGUCACAGUAUGAACACAUAUUAAAAACUAAUAAGAAACAUAAAAAACAAAUCCAAAUUCAUUCAUCUAAAAGCAAGAGUAAAAAUGAAAAUCAGGAGGACAAACUGAAAUGCAAAGAUUGCAAAGCGAUAUAUACGACAGAGGAAGAACUUAAGAUUCAUUAUGAAACUGGAACUCAUAUACCUGAAUAUAACAAAAGCAGCCCUAAAGAUGUGAAAGAAAGAAAAAAAAACUGCACGCUAUGUAGCAUAGAAUUUAAUUCAGUUAAAGAUUCGAUCUUUCACUUCCUGAAGAUACACAGAGAGCAUCCACAGACUUUCCUCAGUGCUAAAUGUGCCCAAAACUUAGAACCAAAUAAUGUCGCUACGUCAUCAGAAAAGCAUUACAGAAGUGAUAAUUCCAACGAAAACCCUAUUGAAAAUGUUACUCCAACUGAUAACAAUGUCUUGCCAUCACUUAAAUAUGAAGAACUUUCGUCAAUGGUAAAUGGAGUUAUUAAACAAGAAUGUAUAGUAGAUGAAAGAACUGAACCAACCACAGAAAAAUUAUUAUUCAAUAACGAAAAUAAAAGUGAAAGGAUACAGCCAACACAUAUGAGUAAUAAUGAACAAAUAUACAUCAAUGAUGAAGUUAUUAUGCAACAAUUUAUAAAACAAGAAGAUCCCGAUGCACCUGCAGAGAAUUUACUAUUAGAAAGCGAAAUGUAUAGUAUUAUAACAAUAGAAAAUGAGACUAUUAAAAAUGAACCAGAAUCUGCUGUUACUGAAACUCCAGACGGUACAAUUAUAAAUGAUCGAAUACCUCUCGAUUAUGGCGGUGUUUCACAAAAAGUAAUAGAAAAUAGUGAAACUGAAACAGUUACUGAGCAAUUAAUUAUGGAAAACGAAUCAACUGUGUUCAAUGUUCAUAAAAGUAAAAUCACAAAUGAGCCAUAUAUCAAUUGCGACUCUUUUAAAAAGAAAUUGCUGAAAUUGGGUGUACAGAAUGACCUUAAUCGUUCUUACAACAGUGAAAACCCAUACUCCUGUGCUAAAUGUAAUAAAAGUUUCUCUCUCAAAAGGUCACUGAAUUAUCAUAUAAGGUAUCAUUGUGGUAAAAAACUUAAUACGUGCACUGAAUGUAACAAAAUUUUUGCUUCUAAGAAAGGACUCAAUAUUCAUAUGAGACAACAUACUGGCGAAAGACCUUACAAAUGCACUGAGUGUAAUAAAGGUUUUACUGUUAAGAGCUCACUUAUUCUUCAUAUGAACCAGCAUACUGGUGAAAAACCAUGCAUAUGUACUGAAUGUAAUCAACAUUUUUCUACAAUGAGCUCACUCAGAAUUCAUAUGAGGCGACAUACUGGUGAAAAACCCUACAAAUGCACUGAAUGUAAUCGACAUUUUUCUAUAAUGAGCUCACUCAAAAGUCAUAUGAGGCGACAUACAGGUGAAAAGCCUUACACAUGCCCUCAAUGUGAAAAAAGUUUUGCUGUUAAAAAAGAUCUUAAUCGUCAUAUAAAAGGACAUACUGGUGAAAAACCUUACACAUGCACUGAAUGUAAACAAUGUUUUGCUCGUAAGGAAACACUGAAACGACAUAUGAGACGACAUACUGGUGAAAAACCAUACACAUGCACUGAAUGUAGCAAAGGUUUUUCCGCUAAGAACUCGCUUAAUCUUCACAUGAGGCAACAUACUGGUGAAAAGCCAUACACAUGCACUAAGUGUGAAGAAUGUUUUCUUCGUAAAGAUCGACUCAAUAUUCAUAUGAGGGAACAUACCGGGGAAAAACCCUACACAUGCACUGAAACGAAUAUACCAGCAGCAGCCUCAGCAGCCUGGAUUCAGUUAAAGCUUUGAACUCUCAAAUGCUUGAGGUGAAUAAAAAGCAUACAAAAACUUUGUGGAAUGAUGACAUUGGGAAAAAAUUAAAACGAAAUGGUUUCGAAUCUUCAUUAAUAAAGAUUAACAAAAUUGAUGAUUCAAAGGAAAUUUCAACUGAAAAUAUUGUUAAUACAGUUAAUAACAAGAGUAAAUUACAAAUAAAUUAUGAUGAAGAGAUAUCGUUGAAAAUUGGAAGAGAUAUCGUUGAAAAAUUAUUGUUAAAAAACAAAUUGAAGCCAAAAAGUACUAAUAAUCAAACAUUAAUCGCGAGUGGCUUUAUUACACAACAAUUUUUUAAGGAAGAAGAAUCUGAAAUAGCUACAAAGAGUUUACCUUUAGAAAACCAACUAUACACUGUUAUAACGCUAGAAAAUGCUACAAUAAAAACGGAACCAGAAAGUACCACAGAAAACUUCGUUUGAUGAGCUUAAACAAGUUGAGUGUAAAGAUUCCACAACGUGAUCAGCGAAAUGCACUGAGACAACAUAAAGUGUGUUAGGUAGCACAGUAUUCUAGACUGGAAAAAAUUGAAUUGAACUGACUUUCAAAGUGAAGAACGUGAAAUUGAUAUUUACAAAUAAUUAAUUAAAUUUGAAUUAUUUACAAGUUAUUGAAAGUUCUAUUUAACUGUGUAAGCGUACUCGCACAUUCACCUACAGCAGAUAAAAAAUCAAGAGUGAAUGGCGUGUAUCUUCCCAUAAGGCACUAUAUUACGAAUAAAAGUUUUCUUUCAACAAAACAUACAACUUAGAAAAUAACAACGUGUCGAGGGAGGGAAAAACGUAACCUAGAACAGGGAAAAUUUGUUAACAACAAGGCGGAGCCACACAACGUACAAAAUUAUAUCACUGCCCAAUAAUUAUCCAAUAAUAAUAAAAUAAAAACAAAAGA